GAGGUUGUUGGCUUGUCGCCGUUACACAAAAAAGGAAAUUGUUAAAAUUUCAGUGUUGCAUAAAUCCAUAAUAACAGAAACCGAACCAAGGGAGCACCAUUUUUCUGUUUAAAAAAAAAAAAGGGUGGAUCCGAACAAAACCAGGCUGUUUAUUGUUCCAUUUCCCAAUCUUUGAAGCUUUCUUUCUUCGCCAAGAAUCCUCUCACACAAAUAAGACCUUUCUACAUGUUUCUUCAUUACUACGGUUUUUGUUUUUGUUUUGUACAAAGGAAAAUAGAAGCCGAAAAAACACUUUCAUUCAGAGAGAUCUCAGUGGUUUUUUCACUUAUAUUAUAACAGAUGAGUUUUUAGGAAAUGGGGAGGAAAGGGAGUUGGUUUUCUUCUGUGAAGAGAUUUCUUAGCCCUGAAUCAAAGGAAAAGAAAGAUAAGAAUAACAAUAAAUCAAAGAAAAGUUGGUUCAGAAAGCAUGGGAAGUCAGAUCUGGUUUCUGUGCCUGAAGAGAUCACCAUAUUAGCUGUGCCUGCUUCCACUCCUCUGGUUGCUCCAGUUGAAGAUGUUAAAUUAACCAAAGCUGAGAAUGAGCAGAGCAAGCAUGCUUACACCGUGGCUCUCGCCACAGCUGUGGCUGCAGAGGCAGCUGUUGCAGCUGCUCAGGCUGCUGCAGAAGUUGUUCGCCUCACUGCUGUUGUGCGUUACCCUCAAAAAUCAAAGGAAGAAAUCGCAGUUAUCAAGAUUCAAACAGCAUUCAGAGGAUACUUAGCAAGGAGGGCCUUGCGGGCUUUGAGAGGGUUGGUGAGGCUGAAAUCAAUGAUACAAGGACAAUCUGUUAAGCGGCAAGCAACUACCACAUUAAAAUGCAUGCAGACUCUUGCUUGUGUUCAGGCUCAGAUUCGAGAAAGGAGGAUUAGGUUGUCAGAGGAGAACCAUGCUCUGCAACAGCAACUCCAACAAAAACAUGAGAAAGAGCUGGAGAGGUUUAGUGCUUCUCAAGUUGGAGAAGAAUGGAACGAUAGCAUACAGUCUAAGGAGCAAAUUGAAGCAAAACUACAGCACAAGCAAGAAGCUGCUAUGAGAAGAGAGAGGGCAUUGGCUUAUGCAUUUUCUCAUCAGCAUGUCUUGAAGAACUCUUCAAAAUCUGCAAAUCGAACAUUUAUGGAUCCAAACAAUCCCCACUGGGGUUGGAGUUGGUUAGAGCGAUGGAUGGCAGCCCGACCAUGGGAGAAUCGAAGCACUGUCAAUAAUUUUGACCAUGGUUCUCUUAAGAGUGCAGCAAGCCAUGCCACGUCUAUAGGGGAAAUCAGCAGAGCAUAUUCACUUCGUGAUCUCAAUAAACCUUCCCCAACUGCACAUAAAUUAAACCGACUUCCCAGUCAUAAAUCACCUUCAACCCCUCCUUCCAGAGCACCAUCUUCAUCAUCAGUAACCGAUAAAAUAAGACCACCAAGCCCACGGUGGAGUCAAUGGGGUGGGGAUGAAGACUCGAGAAGCAUGUUUAGUGCACAAUCUGAACAACACAGGAGGUACAGUAUUGCAGGCUCAUCAGUUGGUGACAAUGAGAGUCUGGCAAUUUCCCCUUCGGUUCCAAGUUACAUGGCACCAACGAAGUCGACAAAGGCUAGAUCGUGCCUAAGCCCGUUGGGAGCAGACAAAAAUGGGACACCAGAGAAGGUGUUAAUGAAUUCUGCAAAGAAGCGGCUCUCAUUCCACACUUCUCCAGCUGGGCCAAGGAGGCAUUCUGGUCCUCCCAGGAUCGAAUCUAUCUCCAUAAAGGAUAUCAAAGUGCAUACAGAUGAGAAAGUUACCAAUGGAAUCAUUGUCAGGUAGUGCAGGAAACACAACCAAAAUAAUAGAAAAAAAAAAUUUAGAUAAAAGUGCAGAUGAAGAAUGAAUAAAAAGAUGGGUUAAAACUUUGUUUUCAACUUCAUUAUCUUCCUUAUCGGCUGCGCCAUUAAGAGGUGCAGGGAAGAAAGAAUGAAUAAAAAUGGAUUAUUGCUACAUAUAUACGUGUUAUAUUUGUGGUGGACUGUCAUCAUCUUCAUCUUCUUGAACAGCCACUCUAGUUAGAAAGAUUACUUAUCAUUUAGCAGGAUUGGUCUGGUGGGUGGUGAUAUUUGUUGAUGAUUUUUCUUGUUUGUCAAGUUUUAGUGUGAAUUUUCUUUAUGACUGAGUAAAAUCUGGUGUAUCUUUUCCCCAUUAUAAUGCUUCAUUUGGUUGCUUGGAACAUAAGCAAAAAGUAGUGGAAUCAAGCCACACUUUGUGAACAA